GGUCCGCACGCCCACGCGAGUGCGGGGGAGGGGUGUGGGGCCCCGGAGGUAGGGGAGGCAGCGCGCACGGGCUGGACCUCCUCCUACCCUGGGAAGUUGGGGCAGUUUCCCUCUGCACCUGCCUCUUCCUUAGGCCUGGCGGUGUCCCGCGAUGAGAGUCCUUCCCGUUCAGGCCAGGUGUCCCUGUCAGGCGACCCCUUGGGGCACCCAGCAAUUUAGGGCUUCAGCUUCCUUUUCCUUCGAUACCCAGGAGCCCACAUCCCCAGCUCACUUCUCCCCUAGGACCUCGGUGGCUGGGCCCCCUUGCCCCUGACUCUGGGAACCCAGGAGUUUGAAGCUCAGGCGUGUUUUGCCUCAGUCCUGGGGUCCGGGCUCCCUCCUCCCUCAGACCAGGGAUCCAGGCCAGAAGGUCCUUCCUGUCUCACUUCACCUCCCCUAGGAUGGACCCUCGAGUCCAUCCGCGUCCCUCCAUUUGUGGCUGCUGUUUCUGUCCAGUGCCCCUGAGGCCCUCGGCUGCUGGGGUCCGCAGGAAGCCACGCCAUGAAUGACCGGAGCAGCCGGAGGCGGACAAUGAAGGACGAUGAGACCUUCGAGAUCUCCAUCCCCUUCGACGAGGCGCCCCACCUAGACUCACAGAUCUUUUACAGUCUGAGCCCCUCUCGGGGAAACUUCGAGGAGCCUCCGGAGGCUGCGUCCCCCGCCCUGGCUUUGAUGAACAGCGUCAAGGCCCAGCUGCACAUGGCUCUGGAGAGGAACUCCUGGCUGCAGAAGCGCAUCGAGGACCUGGAGGAAGAGAGGGACUUCCUGCGGUGCCAGCUGGACAAAUUCAUCUCUUCUGCUCGGAUGGAGGCAGAGGACCACUGCCGGAUGAAGCCUGGGCCCAGGCGGAUGGAGGGGGACAGCCGGGGUGGGGCUGGGGGCGAGGCCUCGGACCCUGAGUCAGCAGCCUCCUCCCUCAGUGGAGCCUCCGAAGAAGGCAGCGCCAGCGAGAGGAGGCGGCAGAAGCAGAGGGGAGGUGCUAGUCGGAGGCGCUUUGGGAAGCCCAAGGCCCGGGAGAGGCAGCGAGUGAAGGACGCCGACGGGGUCCUCUGCCGGUACAAGAAGAUCCUGGGCACCUUCCAGAAGCUCAAGAGCAUGUCGCGGGCCUUCGAGCACCACCGCGUGGACAGGAACACCGUGGCGCUGACCACGCCCAUCGCCGAGCUGCUCAUUGUGGCCCCCGAGAAGCUGGCCGAGGUGGGCGAGUUCGACCCCUCCAAGGAGCGCCUGCUCGAGUACUCCCGUCGCUGCUUUCUGGCCCUGGACGACGAGACGCUCAAGAAGGUGCAGGCGCUCAAGAAGAGCAAGCUGCUGCUGCCCAUCACCUACCGCUUCAAGCGGUGAUCGCACCACGCCUCCGCGCCUCCGCCCGGGCCUUCCUCCCCUGCCGACCCCGG